AUGUAUGCAAUUAUAUUCAGCAUAGGACUAUCAAAUGACCUUGAGGGCAUGGAGGAAGAUGUUCAAAGUACGAAUCAAAUAUUCAGUGUGAAUGAUUUUGCAAAAAUCAUAUCCCAGCAGUCCAACACAGUCCCAAGUCAAGCUGAUGAUAAGAUUUACAUUGAAGGAUCAGACAGGUUCAAAGCGAAAAAUCGUUUAAAAGUUGACCAGAAAAGAGCAGAGGAGCUGGAGAGGUCUCAGAAUGAAAACAUGGACAUCUAUCCAACCAUACUGACCAGUCAGGCCAUUCAAAUCCAUAAAAUAUUCAAAACUUUCUCACUGUUUGUGAGUGGUCUGUUUGCCGGCAUAGCCCUGUGGCAGAUAAUAACAUCGUACAUCAUGUACAACAAUGGUGUUGACAACUUCCUGAGAAAUCACUCAACAUUGUCUGCACCACUGCAGUGCUUCUACUACAUGCUCUUCGCCGUCUGCAUCGUCUAUGCACUAGACAGGUACGACAUCACCCACCCCUCACCUCACUUCUGGAACAAGGUGGCCACAUUCCAAUCAGGAGCGUUUUGCAUCAUCAUCUACAUCAUCGGACUCAUCUUUUCACUCGCUAUCUCAAAUAUUGAGUACAGGAUGACAUUCCAUCAAUCAAACUCCUCCAUAAUUGAUCCAAAUGACAGCAGGACAACGAACAUGCUGUACAUCUGGCAGAUAUUAAAUCUGAUACGAGGCUUGAUGGCCAUCAUCGGUUGGGGGAUCAUCUCGUUGAAGCCAAUGACAGACAGACUUUUGAAGGCACUCUCCAACUACAGGCAAACCAUCACUUCGAGUCGAGAUAAUCGUGUUCUCAUUUGA